AAUUGCCCGUGUGCUAUUUUUUUGCCAGUAUCAAUUUUUGUUAGGGUUCUGUCGAAGCGAUGGAGGAGGAGCAGACACUAACCCUAGUAUCAGGAGCAGAGCGAGAGCAAGAGCAAGAGAAAGACGAAGCCAUGUCUGAUUCCAUCGAUUCCGAUUCUGAUUCGGAGGACGAAGCUCAGCAGAACAUCCAACUCGAAUCCCUCCAGACCGACCUUGCCGCUAAUCCUUCCAACUACUAUGCUCAUUUGCAAUAUAUAAAGCUUCUAAGAAAGACUGGUGAUGUUGAUAGACUGACAAAAGCAAGAGAAGCUAUGAGUGAAAUCUUUCCACUGACCCCUGCCAUGUGGCAACAGUGGAUCAAAGACGAGCUUUCUCUCAACACUGGUUCUCGACCGGAGGCUUUCUCUAGAGUUCUUGAGCUUUAUGAGCGUGGGGUGUUUGAUUAUCUGUCUGCCUCUCUUUGGUGUGACUACCUUAAUUUUGUCCAAGAGUUUGAUCCAAUGGUACACCAAUCUUCACCUACUGGUAUUUCCAAGGCAAGGGAUCUGUUUGAGAGGGCCCUUACUGCUGCUGGUUUGCAUGUUACCCAAGGCAGUAAGAUAUGGGAAGCAUACAAGCAAUAUGAGCAGGAUAUACUUCUAACCUUUGAUGAAACUGAUGCACAGGCAAAAGAAAAGCAAGUUCAACGCAUUCGAAGUUUAUUCCAUCGCCAGUUGUCUGUCCCCCACGUUGACAUGAAUUCAACACUUAUGUCUUAUAAGACUUGGGAGGUGGAACAGGGAAAUCUUCACAAUGUAUCCGUUUGCCUGAUUGAUAGUUAUCCUCACGUUGCGUCAGCAUACCAGAAGGCAUUGGAGAUGUAUAAUGCUCGCGUUUGUUUUGAAGAACAGAUUUCUAUCCAAAAUAUUUCUGAUUCGGAAAGAUUACAACAGUACAUGAACUAUUUGAAAUUUGAGCAGUCUUUUGGAACACCAGCUAGAAUUCAAGUUCUAUAUGAGCGAGCUAUUACUGACUUUCCUAUAUCACCCGAUCUCUGGCUUGAUUAUACUCGCUAUUUGGACAAAACUUUGAAGGUUGGUAAAAUUGUCAGCAAUGUAUAUUCUAGGGCCACUAAGAACUGCCCUUGGGUUGGAGAACUUUGGGUUCGGUAUAUGCUUUCCAUGGAGCGUGGUCAUGCUUCUGAGAAAGACUUGGCUGAAAUAUUUGAGAAGUCCCUGCAACGCACCUUUUCAACUUCAGAUGAGUUUCAGUAUCUUGAUUUGUUUCUCACCCGGGUUGAUGGAUUAAGGCGAAGAAUGACAUCCACCACGGGAGAGGAUCCAUUGGAAUAUAGAAUAAUAAGAGAGACCUUCCAGCGUGCAUCAGAUUACCUGUCACCAUCCAUGAAGAAUACCGAUGGCUUGUUACAUUUACAUGCUUAUUGGGCCCAUUUAGAAGCAAAACUUGAAAAAGAUAUAACUGCAGCUCGUGGAGUUUGGGAGAAUUUUCUUAAGACCUGCGGUUCAAUGUUGGAGGCAUGGACUGGCUAUAUAGCAAUGGAAGUUGAAUCCGGUCACAUAAAUGAAGCAAGGUCCAUAUACAAGAGAUGCUACAGUAAAAAGUUUUCAGGGACCGGUUCAGAGGACAUUUGCAACUCAUGGUUACGCUUUGAGAGGGAGUUUGGCAAGUUGGAAGAUUUUGAUCAUGCUUCACUGAAGGUUACCCCACGUCUGGAAGAGUUAAAUUUGUAUAGGUUGCAGCAGGAGUCCAAGUCAGUUGAUGAUAGUGAAAAUAAUCUAAAGAGAAAUGUACGUGACAAAAGAAAGUUAGGGUCAGAUAUAGCCGAUGAACAGUCUCCAGCAAAGCGACAGAAAGAUGCUAGUAGAAAAUUAAAAAAAGCAUCCGAGGAAAAUAUAUACCAAGUACAGAACUCUUCUCGGGUGAGAAAAGUGGAAGGGACCGAUCAGAAAAAUAAAAAAUCUGAUGGCAACCUAAGUGAGCAACAGCUUACCCAUGGAAAACACCGGGCAUACUCUGACCAGUGUACUGCUUUUAUAUCAAAUCUCAACCCUACGGCAAAUGAUGAGCAUAUUCGUGAUUUCUUCAGUGAUAUCGGUGGAAUUGUAGCCAUCCGCAUCCUACAUGACAAGUUCACUGGAAAGUCCAGGGGGCUAGCUUAUGUGGACUUUUUGGACGAUGAGCACCUUGUUGCCGCGGUAGCUAAAAACAAGAACUGGUUACUUGGGAAGAAGCUAAGUAUUGCUCGAUCUGACCCAAAGCGAGGGGGAAAGGAAACUUUUGAUCCAAAAAAUGCAAAAGAAGAUGGUUCAGUAUCCAAAGGAACUGAUGAUACUUCCAAGACAGAUGUAAAAGAUGCGAAGUUCUCUUCUAGAAAGCCACGAAGUGAGAGCAUUCAGUUUAAAGGGAAGAAUACUUUUGCGGUGCCUAGAAAUGUCAUACCACUUGGUUAUAGUGCAAAUAAACCAAAAAUGCAAGACGGUGAUGAAAAGCCAAAAUCUAAUGAAGAAUUCAGAAAGAUAUUCAUUCAAUAAGACUUCCCCGACAUUAUUUUGCAACUCAGAAGGUAGCAGCUCUUUUUGACAACUAUGGACCGUAUAGGAGUUAUCUGUCUUACAAUAUGUUACUUCGUUUUGUUGCACACUAAUAUAAUUAGUCUACCUACAUUUAUUUUUAGGCACCUGUCACUUGGUUCUUACAAGUGAUUUGUUGAAAUUGUGAUUGAAAAUUUCAUAAUACAAUUACCUAUAAUGGGAUUUUGAGUUUUCCGCCGUUAUUUA